UCCAGUGCUAUAGAGCUGAAGAAGAAACAGCGUUUUCAUGAGAACAAAGAAAACAAGGGACGUUUACUUGUGAGAGAUCACUCUUAAGCAGUAGACAUAGUGUGAUAUUAUUGAAAACUAUGGGGACUGAAAACCCCGGUGGUCCGAAUUUUCCGAUGAGACCUCCUUCUACCCCUUUUGCUUCUGCUCCUCCAACUAUGGCACCUUUCGCAUCAUCUGGUUCUGUGGUGGGAUCAGAAGCCAGCAAUUUUAGACCUACCCCACCAAGUGGUCCCCCAACUAUGACGCCUUUCUCAUUAGCUGGACCUAGACUGCCUGCUCGUUUAAGCAAUCCAUCAGUUCCAUCUCCACCCAUUACAUCUGUUCCACCGGUUGGGGGACCUUAUCAGCAAUUUCCAGCAUCGCCAUUUCCUUCAACUUUUCAAACUACCCCUAUUCGUACACCACCUGAGGGGCAGCCACCAUUUCAACAUUUUGCAAGUCAAGUAUCAGCCCCGUCCGUUUCUCUCCCUCCACCAUCAGAAGUACCACUAGUGCCAAUGGGAUCUUCACCACAACCUCCAUCGGGUUCAUUGUUUUCAGGGCCUAGACCCAAUUUUCAGCCACCUUUUCCUGGAUAUCCAAGCCAGCAGCCUGCAGUUUCACAAGCACCUUUUCCUGUUCAGCAAGGAAGUUUUAUGCCUCCUCCACCAGCAGUAGCAACUCCCUUGAGCUACCAGUCAAGGGACCAAAUGCAACAUCCUAGCUCUGCGCCUCCUAUUGGUGGUAUCCAAAGCUUGGCAGAAGAUUUUAGUUCAAUCUCUCUUGCACCUAUGCACGGAUCAAUUGAGCCUAGACUCGAUUAUAGAACACUUCCUAGGCCGUUGGAUGGUGAUGUGGAGCCAAGUUCUUUUACUGAGAUGUAUCCUAUGAAUUGCAAUCCUAGAUACCUACGGCUUACUACAAGUGCUAUACCAUUUUCCAAGUAUUUAGUUUCAAAAUGGCAUUUGCCUCUUGGAGCUGUUGUUUGUCCUCUUGCAGAGGCUCCUGAAGGGGAGGAAGUGCCGGUUAUUAAUUUCACUUCAACCGGUAUUAUUCGCUGCAGAAGAUGUCGCACAUAUGUGAAUCCCUAUGUCACUUUUACAGAUGCCGGAAGAAAGUGGCGCUGCAAUUACUGUGCUUUACUAAAUGAUGUUCCUGGCGACUAUUUUGCCCACUUGGAUGCCACUGGCAGAAGAAUUGAUUUGGAUCAGCGGCCUGAGCUUCUAAAAGGCAGUGUGGAUUUCGUUGCACCAACUGAUUACAUGCACCGGCCACCAAUGCCGCCAUCAUAUUUUUUUCUCAUUGAUGUUUCAGUAUCUGCAGUAAGAAGUGGCAUGAUUGAGGUUGUUGCUCAAACUAUCCGUUCGUGUUUGGAUGAGCUGCCUGGAUUCCCCAGAACACAGAUUGGUUUUAUUACUUUUGACAGCACAAUUCAUUUUUACAACAUGAAGUCAUCUCUUGCACAACCUCAAAUGAUGGUAGUUGCAGACCUGGAUGAUAUAUUUGUCCCAUUGCCAGAUGAUAUCCUUGUCAACUUAUCUGAAUCAAGAAAUGUGGUUGAAACAUUCCUGGAUAGCUUGCCGUCUAUGUUUCAGGACAAUGUGAAUGUGGAAUCUGCUUUUGGUCCCGCAGUUAAGGCAGCAUUCAUGAUUAUGAGUCAACUUGGAGGAAAGUUGCUAAUUUUCCAGAACACGUUGCCUUCCCUGGGAGUUGGACGCUUGAAGUUGCGUGGAGAUGAUCUUCGUGUGUAUGGAACUGAUAAGGAACAUAUAUUGCGAUUACCUGAAGAUCCCUUCUACAAGCAAAUGGCGGCUGAUCUCACAAAAUAUCAGAUAGGGGUUAAUGUUUAUGCUUUUAGUGACAAAUACACUGACAUAGCUUCCUUAGGAAUCCUGGCGAAGUAUACUGGAGGUCAAGUAUAUUAUUAUCUAAACUUCCAAUCAGGUAUUCAUGGUGAGAAGUUGAGGCAUGAAUUAGCCAGAGAUCUUACUAGGGAGACAGCCUGGGAAGCAGUUAUGCGCAUAAGAUGUGGAAAAGGAAUUCGAUUUUCUUCCUAUCAUGGGAACUUUAUGCUGAAGUCCACAGAUUUAAUAGCUCUUCCGACUUUAGAUUGUGAUAAAGCAUAUGCAGUGCAGCUAUCCUUUGAGGAGACAGUGCUGACAACUCAGACAGUAUAUUUCCAAGUUGCUUUACUAUAUACUGCAUCCUGUGGAGAGAGGCGUAUUAGAGUACAUACGGCAGCUGCCCCUGUUGUUACAGAUCUAGGGGAGAUGUACCGACAGGCUGACACUGGUGCCAUUGUUUCUUUGUCUUCUAGAUUAGCAAUCGAGAAAACUUUGACCAAUAAACUUGAAGAUGCUAGAAAUUCUUUGCAACUAAGGAUUGUAAAAGCACUCCGAGAGUACCGCAAUCUCUAUGCUGUGAAGCAUCGCUUGGGAGAGAGGAUGAUUUAUCCAGAAUCUCUGAAGUUUUUAUGUCUGUAUGGAUUAGCACUCUCUAAAUCAGUACCUCUAAAAGGAGGAUAUGCUGAUGCUCAACUCGAUGAACGUUGUGCAGCAGGUUUCACCAUGAUGGCAUUACCUGUUAAAAAGUUGUUGAAGCUUUUAUACCCUAACUUGAUUCGAAUCGAUGAGUAUCUUUUGAAGCCAUUUGCUCAAUCUGAUGAUUUCAAAAUCACUAUGAAGAGAUUGCCUUUGGUUGCCGAAAGCAUAGAUUCACGAGGCCUAUAUUUAUACGAUGAUGGCUUCCGAUUUGUUAUAUGGUUUGGUAGAAUGCUUUCGCCUGAUAUAGCUAGGAAUUUACUGGGGGCAGAUUUUGCAGCAGAAUUAUCGAAGGUUACCUUUAGUGAGCAUGAUAAUGAAAUGUCAAUAAGGCUGAUGAGGAUAUUGAAGAAACUAGGAGAGGGUGACCCUUCAUACUAUCGACUUCCUUAUCUCGUAAGACAAGGCGAGCAACCCAAUGAAGGUUUGCUGCUUCCUGUAAAUCUUCUCGAGGACCAAAUGGGUGGUGCCAGUGGUUACGUUGAUUGGAUAAUGCAAAUACACCGGCAAGUCCAGCAAAAAGCAUGAUAAAUACAGGACACAGGAAGUAGCUUUCUCGAGGAAGCAGAAAACAGUACAGUACUUUGUUCACUCUAGUUCCGGCCGCAUAAACUGUCUCGUUCAAACUCAAGAGUGUUAAGCGUCUCCAAGCUCAGGUCUUCUUUCAACGGAAAAAAUUAGUUGAAAUGCAUUCAUAACUUGCUUUCGCUACUUCAAAUUCGGCAGGGGUUCAUUGAAUUGAGAUCUGUUUCCCUCUGUGGUGUGUACCGGUCGUCGUGGAUUCGUUCAACAGUAGUUAAUUCGGGGUUUCCCCUCUGUAUACAUGGAACAUAUUAACCUGAAGAUUUGGUUGAUUGCAGUAACCAAUGCGCAGGAGAUAUAGAUAUUACACUGCCUUCAUGUUGAAAGUGUAAAAACAGGGUCUUUGUUUAGAAAGAGAGGUGACCAAAU